AAAAAACUCCUCUUUUUCUUCCCUUCUUGUCAGUCUGCUCUUUCGAUUAGUUGAGAGUGCAGAAUAUUUGCAGGACUUGGAUGUGGAGUUGAAUUGGAGCUGUACCAUAUGUAACAGAUUUGAUGUCCUUAUGUGGUUUCUCUCCACAAAUUGUGACAGCUCUUUGUAUUGCCUAGACCAGUUGUUUAGGCUUUGCAAACAAUUGUCAGAAGAAUUAUUGUAUUGCAAUGGCAUCUUCUGCAAAGACUCUCGUUGCUCCAGGUACAUUAAAUGGAGACUGGACAGUUGUUUCAUCUCGUCGUGGAAGACAAAGAAGAAAUCCUCCCAUACUGAAAAGUCUUGUAGAGAAACAGCAACAACAACAAACUUGGGCUCCAACUGAUAUUGAAAUCAAUUUUGUUCGAGAAUCAAAAUUGAUGCAGAAGAUACAGAUCUGUAUGAAGAAAUUGGAGCUUUCUCAAUUCUAUCUUACCUUGCUGGAUCAAAUGCAAACUCCAGAGAUGAUGAAUUGCUUCCAUAGAGUUUUGAGUUCCGAGUUGAAGAUGAAGAUGGUAAUAUACGGCAUAGGCAGCAUUGAAUCAUAUGAAUCCCCUCGAUUGCAGUUGAGCCUCGCCAUCUUGCUGAAAAGAAGGUUCAAUUGGAUUGGAGAUAUAGAGGUGUUUGAUCCUAUACUUUCUUCCACAGAAUCUCGGGUUUUGGAUGCUCUUGGUUGCUCUGUGUUAUCUAUUAAUGAGCAAGGUCGGCGUGAGGUUAAAAAACCAACGAUGUUUUUCAUGCCACAUUGUGAGGCUGAGUUAUAUGAUAAUCUUUUACAAGCGAAUUGGGGAGUGCGGCAGUUGAAUUGUAUAGUAUUGUUUGGGAAUAGCUUUCAGACAUAUGAGCAGCAUCUGUUAGAGUUCAAGAACUCGCCUAUCAUUCACUCCACCAACUAUAUCCUGGCUGUCCAAAGAUUCACAAAUGAAUUUAGUAUCGAGACAGUUUCAGAUGAUUAUUUUGGUGCUUUUCAUGAUUCAAGUUGGCAAUUUUUCAGCCCUGUCCUUGAAACAGAGCUGCAGUUGAGCAAUUGCUGAUCACAAAUUCCUGACGGGUUUGAGAUUUUUUUUGAUGGUUGAAACAUAUUAGAAUUUCCUACAGAUGAAGGCUAUUAUUGUGGUGUAGUGUGUGCAUCUGCUGGUUCCUGUGUACUGACAAUUACAUUGUAAUUUUUUUUUUAAUGAUUAAUGAGGAUAUUGCCAUACUUUUAAGGACUUUACUAUUUACCAUCCAGAGUAAUCUUUUUCCAAAAA